AUGGCUUCAACAAAGGCAAUGCUGCGCCUGGCUACUAAGCGGCCACUGGGUGUAGCUUCUCAGUCGGCGAGAUGUGCGCAGCGUGCCACAUUUUCAAACUCCGCCAAACGACCAGCCGAGAAGGACAACGCCCAGAAACUGAGAGAGGCAGAUCCAGAUCUCCUUUCGGAGCUGCGCAAGGCCCCUAGAAGGCCAAUGGGAAAGCUCUCCGCGCCGAUCGUCAACGAUGCCGACAAGUACGGGGACAAAGCGCUCCCUCUGCACCAAUAUGGCCAAUACCUCAUGUCCUGCCUACCAAAAUACAUCCAACAAUUUUCUGUAUGGAAGGAUGAGCUAUGCAUUUAUAUCACACCAUCGGGCGUCAUUCCUGUUUUCACCUUCUUGAAAACCCACACGGCCGCAGAAUAUACUAUGAUCUCCGACAUCACCGCAGUCGACUUCCCUACCAAAAACCAUCGUUUCGAAGUCGUCUACAAUCUCCUCAGCGUGCGUCACAACUCGAGAAUAAGAGUGAAGACAUAUGCGGAUGAAGCGACCCCUGUGCCCUCGGUCACUUCCCUUUAUGACGGUGCGCUCUGGUACGAGCGAGAAGUGUAUGAUUUAUUCGGCGUCUUCUUUACUGGUCACCCAGACUUACGCCGAAUCAUGACCGACUACGGCUUUGAUGGACACCCGUUGCGCAAGGACUUCCCUUUGACCGGGUACACGGAGAUCAGAUACGAUGAGGAGAAGAAACGAAUAGUGGUGGAACCACUCGAGAUGACACAAGCAUUCCGAAACUUCGAAGGCGGCACAAGUUCUUGGGAGCAAGUCGGUACUGGUUCGGACAGAAAGCCCGCGCAAUUCAAGUUGCCUACGCCUAAGCCAGAGGAGAAGAAAGAAGAGAAGAAAUAA